GCGUAAGCCCUUGCAGCAUGAGCUUGUUCUGCCUUGUUGCGUGUUUGCUGUAAUAAUAUUUCCCCUUUAAGGCUUGGCUGAAGCUAUUUGUGAUUUAUUUAUUUUAUUUUUUGGUGGGGUGGUGACAGGAACUGAGAGAAGCAGCGGCAGAUUUUACCUAUCAGCCUCCGCAAGCGGUGGUGGUGUGUGGAGGCAAGGGGGGGAGGACAAGUUGCAGAGAGGGUCGGGGAGACGGGAAAGCGUGAAACUUCGGAGAAAAGGAGCGGGAAAACCUCGCUGAAAUGCGAGAGCGAAGGAGGGGAAGUUAGUGAGAAAAGUAAAGGGAAGGGAGUCGACAUGAGAGGCGAAGAGUGAAGCCAGUCACAAAAAAAGAGAGGAAAGGAUAGGGAGACAAUCAUAAUUAUAAUAAGCGAGGCCAGGGUAGAGAGAAUGACAAGGAAGUAACAGGAACGAGCCUGCCCUGGAGGAGGAGAGAGCCGCCACCGAUGGCAACAAGUGCGGGUGGCUUGUGCUGAAGAGGGGAAGGGGGGAAAACACCCUGCUGGUUUUUGGCCGUUGCGGCGGGACUCUUUAAUCUCCCCCUGAAGAUGAUGAAGAGGCAGUUCAACCGUAUGCGGCAGCAGCUCAGUUACCCCAGCAUCGGUGGACGAGCCCAAGAAACAGCUGAAUACUUGACAGAAGACUUGCUACAGGUUGAACAGAGGAUUGAACCAGCCAAGCGUGCGGCACACAAUGUACACAAGAGGCUUGUGGCUUGUCUCCAGGGCCAAUAUGGGGCAGACAUGGACAAACGGGUGAAAAAGUUACCAUUGAUGGCGCUGUCAAUGACCAUGGCAGAAAGCUUCAGGGAACUAGACAAUGAUUCCAGUCUUGGGAAAGCUCUAGAAAUGACCUGCUUCAUUCAGAGUAUGCUAGCCAGGAUUCUUGCUGAGUUUGAAAUGGCCCUCGAACGAGAUGUCCUACAACCUCUAAAUAAACUGAGUGAGGAGGAGCUGCCCACCAUCCUGAAACACAAAAAGAAUAUUCAGAAACAUAUCCUGGAUUGGAAUGCCAUCAAGAGCCGUCUGAACCAAGCUGCCAAGAACUCCAGUAACAGCACCAGUGCUGGUGCUGGCCCAGCAGCAUCAUCCGCAGCCAUCAAACUGGAGAAUCUGAAGGAAGAGGAAGAAGAGAUGAAGAGGAGGGUUGAGCAGAGUAAGGAUGAGUACAUGGCAGACCUAUAUCACUUUUCAACCAAGGAGGACAGCUACGCUAAGUACUUUAUCAGAUUGCUGGAAAUUCAAGCAGAGUAUCACCGGAAGUCCCUGGGGUCUCUGGAUGCUACCUUGGCAGAGCUGAAAGAGACGCACAACCAGCCAAAUUCCCCAUUCCCAACAGAUGCAGCUGUGCUAGGGGUGUAUGGGAUGCCACUAGAGGCUCAUCUGAAGGCUUCUGAGCGGGAGAUUGCACUCCCCAUUGAAGCUUGUGUCAUGAUGCUGCUGACAUCAGGGAUGCAAGAAGAGGGGCUCUUCCGUUUGGCAGCUGGAGCAUCUGUGCUGAAGAAGCUGAAGUAUAGCCUUGCCUGUGGCUCAGGCAUUCUUGAUGAAUUCUAUGCGGACCCUCAUGCCGUAGCAGGCGCACUGAAAUGUUACCUGCGAGAGUUACCCCAGCCUUUGAUGACCUUUGAACUCUAUGAUGAUUGGCUCAAAGCUGCCAGUAUCAAAGAGCCAGAGAAUCGACUGGAGUAUCUCAGGGACACUUGCAGCCGCCUCCCCAAGGACAACUACAACAACAUGAGGUAUCUGAUCCGUUUUUUAGCCAAGCUGGCUGAGCAGCAGGAAGUGAAUAAGAUGACCCCUAGCAACAUUGCCAUCGUCCUAGGGCCCAACCUGUUGUGGCCCCAACUGACUGAAGGGUGCCAGGAGCAGUUAGAUAUGGCUUCUGUAUCCUCCAUCCAAGUUGUGGGAAUUGUGGAACCCCUGAUACAAAAUGCUGACAUCCUCUUCCCAGGAGACAUUGACUUCAAUGUGUCUGGCCUGUUCACUCCCCCACUGGACAUGAAACACAGAGCUGCCCCCACAACAGAAGAACCCAUAUCUUUGCCUCUCCCUGCUGAACCAGCUUCACCACUGCCUGGAGAAAGGAAAAUUCCUGAAGUGAUCCCAGGAACAGCCCUCUCAAAGGUGACCCAGCCUUCUAGUGAAAUAGCAGCUUCCUCGCCUACCCCUGUUCCUGCUGACGACACUUCACGGAAAUCAAAGCGGGUUGCUCCACCCCGACCCACAGUGCCUCCACCUCUAGUCCAGCCUCGAACCCCACCUCCUAUGCACCCUCAAACCCAGCCUCCUGCCCCAGACUCUCCUUCUAUCCCUAAAGCUCUGCCUCGAAGAACAGUUGGAGCAUCCACGCGAGCUCCUUCUGUGCCUCCACCACUUCCACCCCAGCCAGUCAGGCGUCAGUGUUGCAAUGCACCACCGUCCCCAAAGCCUGCUGCAGAAACUAUGAGGAUUGAGACAACUGCAGCUGAAGCACUGCCUCCUGGUGACAGAACAGAAACUUCCAAAAAUACCAGCCCUGUGGCAACAGAGCCCAAUGAGCCAUCACCUGAAGAAAGAAGCAGCUCUCCAUCUGCCCCUGAUCUGAAGGCUGAGGCUCUGGAGAAUAAUGGAGAUGGACAAAGAGCUGUAGAGGCAUCACAUCAGCAAACCAGAUGCGGCCCGCUUCUGAUUGGACACACCGUGCAGAGGAGGAGGAGGAGGAGGAGGUGUGGGGGUGGUGAGUGUGGUCCCAGCAUGGCGGGCUGCAGGCGACUGAGCGGCUCUACCCUGCGCGAGGUGGUAGGGGAGGCGCAGGGGGUGCUCUUCGACUGCGACGGGGUCCUGUGGACCGGCGAGCAAGCGGUGCCCGGCGCGCCCGAGCUGCUGGAGCGCCUGAGCCGGAAUGGGAAGGCCACCCUCUUCGUCUCCAACAACAGCCGCCGCUCCGUGGCUGAGCUGGAGCGCCGCUUCUCCCGCCUGGGCUUCCGCGGCGUCCGAGGCGAGCAGGUCUUCAGCUCCGCUCUCUGCUCCGCCCUUUACCUCCGCCAGCGUCUGCUGGGCGGCGAAGCCGGCGCCGGAGACUCGCUCGCCUCGCCCCCAGGCUGCGUCUUCGUGCUGGGCGGGGAAGGGCUGCGCGGGGAGCUGCGGGACGCGGGGCUGCGCCUGGCCGGCGAAGAAGGCGACGGAGAGGAGCCGCCCGGCCAGGAGAGGCUCCCGGUGCGCGCCGUUGUCGUUGGCUACGACGACCAGUUCACCUUCGCUAAGCUGACUGAGGCCUGCGCCUACUUGCGCGACCCGCAGUGCCUGCUCGUGGCCACCGACCCCGACCCUUGGCACCCGCUUAGCAAUGGGCAGCAUACCCCGGGGACAGGGAGCCUCACUGCUGCAGUUGAAACAGCAUCUAGCCGCAAAGCAAUGGUAAUUGGAAAGCCAAACACAUAUAUGUUUGAGUGUAUUGUGGAGCGCUUUGGUGUGGAUCCAUCCCGCAUGCUCAUGGUGGGUGACCGGCUGGAGACAGAUAUCCUAUUUGGCAAGAACUGUGGCCUUGAAACGGUUUUGACCCUGACGGGAGUCUCGCACCUAGAGGAGGCACAGGCUUACAUGGCCAGCGACAGCCCUGCUGCAAAGGACCUGGUGCCUCACUACUACGUGGACAGUAUUGCAGACUUGAUACCCGGCCUGGAUGAGUAAGGGGAGAUGUGGGUGGGCAGAAUUCCUAGUUCCAUUCCAGAUUGCUGCCCUUUCCUACUUCCGUCUUCUCUGUCCUUGAGGCCGGGCUCAUCACAUUCCAGUGUUUCUUCAAGAAUGAAGAGAGGGACGUUAGUUCAUUCUUUGAGGUCAUUUUGUUUCAUUUUAGCUAGCUAUAGGGGAACGGGAACUUAUGUGAAAGUAUGGGAUAUUUAUAGGUCAAACCUUUGUUAAUUUAUUCCACCAACUUCUUGGCAUGAAGUAGUCAUUUAUUUAAAUUAUAUUUGUUUUACUGUUGCCACUAGUGGCCUUCUUACUGUUGUCCUCUGCUUUAUUUUGAAGCACAGUGAUGUGCUUGCUGUGGUGUUUGCUGUUCCCAAGCUUGAAGGAGGCAACAUUUGUUAUCAGUACUAUUUAUCUGUCUCCUAUAACCACUGCCAUUUCAUGCCAGUGUUGGGGUUUUUUUGUCCCAGAACUCUUGCUGUGAAAAAGGGAGCACUGGAGAUCCAGUUCAGAAAUAGCAUAGUUCCUCUGCAGAAUGGCUGUUUGGGAAGGAUAAUCCCUGUGGCUGCAUAUGUAAGCAAAGGUUUCCAUAACAGUACAACUUGCCCAGAACUAAUAAGAGCUUGAGGGUAGGUUUUUGAUGCAAGUUGCAUAUAUGAUCCAUUCUGACUUUGUUUGGAAUUUUCAUCCACAGGAAUUACUUCAAAAGUAUUGUGUCGUGCAGGGAAAAUUACCAACUAGCUCAGUCAGAAGUGUGAUAAAUCUGGAAUAUAUAAAACUCUUUAACUAUGAAUUAAAUAUGAAGGGGUGUUUUUUUCUAUCUUGAGAAUUUUCUCAGGUAACAUAAUUUUUAUCAAUUCAGUUUAAUUUUGGGAUUGCUGUUGUAAGGAAUAAAUUGCAUAGAAGUAGUAUUGUGCCAUGAAGUUCUGAAUUGGCUGUCACUGCAGAGCCUCCAAACAUUCCUGCAGGCAUUGAGGCAGGAACAUCAUGUAUUUUCCUCCUCCCUCCUUCUGACUGGGUGAACUAAUAAAACAUUUCAGUAAA